ACGUUCCGCAGACACGCGCAAUGAUAGCCGGAAGCAUCGAUGGGAGGAAAAUAAAAAUCGAUUAAAUCCACUGUAAUUCGCGAGUGUAAACCUCUCACUUACUGUCCUUUUUGCGACCGUAGGCUCGUAUUUCUCAGCCUUUUCCACUGCAGCUGUGCUGGAGGGGCCGACAGAGAGCAGAAAUCUGCUCCAUUUGAACGAAGUUGCUCGGUAGGGGUUUAGCUGACGUGUGGAGAAGUUGAGACUGCCAGAGAGCAGAUAAACAAACAUAAACAAGCAGGGAUCAGCUGAGCGCCUGUCCGAACCGAAUCAGCAGCACGGAGAGAUGGCAGGGAGAGCGGGACUCCUCUUUUGAGCCCAAGAAUGAUCCACAGGAGACCGUGACUUACAUUGUACUUGCUCCAUGUCAACUGUCAACACUGGCACACAAAGAAUUUCGGAAACACAACACGAGGACCAACCAUAGGCUUUAGCAGAAAAUCAACUGCUCCUGUCACUGUCUCUUUGUGAAGACAUAGCCAGGUUAGCAUGGACAGCCAAUGAGUUUACCCUCCACUUCUCAGCUGUAACGACACGAACACACAUUACAGUGCCAGGAGACGGAGGAGUGGAACUAACAUGGCCCACCAGGCAACCCCUAGUUCCCAGAAGGCCCUGAUGAUGGAGCUGAAGUCUCUGCAGGAGCAGCCGGUGGAGGGUUUCCGCAUCACUCUGGUGGAGGAGUCUGACCUCUACAACUGGGAAGUGGCCAUCUUCGGACCCCCGAAUACCCUGUAUGAGGGCGGCUACUUUAAGGCUCACAUCAAGUUCCCAGUCGACUACCCGUACUCCCCACCAACCUUUCGCUUCCUCACUAAGAUGUGGCACCCCAACAUUUAUGAGAACGGAGAUGUGUGCAUCUCCAUCCUGCAUCCUCCUGUCGAUGACCCACAGAGCGGCGAGCUGCCCUCUGAAAGGUGGAACCCCACUCAGAACGUCAGGACCAUCCUGCUUAGUGUGAUCUCUCUGCUCAAUGAGCCCAACACAUUCUCUCCAGCCAAUGUGGACGCCUCUGUUAUGUUCCGUAAAUGGAGGGACAGCAAAGGCAAGGAUAAAGAGUAUGCAGAGAUAAUCAGGAAGCAGGUUAUGUCAACAGCAGCGGACGCCGAGCGCGAUGGCGUCAAGGUGCCAACCACAUUGGCUGAGUACUGCGUCCAGACCAGGGUUCCCUCUCAGGACAGCAGUUCAGACCUUCUCUACGACGACCUCUACGACGACGACAUGGAGGAGGAGGACGAGGACGAAGACGAGAGCGAGAUGGAGUCUGUAGGUGAAGCCGGCGGGAUGAGUGCUGUGGAGGACGGCGGAACGUCCACCAGACGUUACGACAACCAGGACGACUCUGGCAACGAAGACUCAUGAUGAUCUGGAUGAUAAAUCCUCCCUGCCAACUCCCCUGCCACUGUCCUUCUUUUUUUCAGUGCGUGUGUGUGUGUGUGUGUGUGUGUGUGUGUUUGCACAUACAGUGGGGUCAGAAGUCUACUGCCAAAAACUUUUCAUCAUUUAUUAAACUAAUACUUAGUGUUUGGUCAAAUAAUAGUUCUCAGAUGCUGUUACAUAGCUUUUCAGCAGAAGUUUGUUGGUACUGUUUUCACUGAAAGUCAGAAUUUGGCGUUUCCACCAUUUGCCUUAAUUACAGCUUUGCACUCUGUCUGGCAUCAAAUGUUUUGCAGAGUUUGAGAGUUGAAUUAUUCCAGCACUGUUUCAGAGCACCUGGGAGUGUUUUUGAUAAGUUAUGAAAUGCUCCACUGAAGGGUUUGAGGAGCCACGAUGAUGACAAUGAUAACGUGCUUCUGCAGAGUCAGUGUAAGUUACUGACUCUGGACAAAGCAAAAUAUCCCCACGCCUGAAUAUUUACAUGACUGUAUUCAACCCUAGCCUUUAAUUCCUGUUUUUAUCACUCUCUUGUGCAACCAAAUCCUCACUUGCUUUAAGUUGUGUGGUUGCAGUCGUGAAGUUAACCAUUUUUAUUUAAUUUCUUCAGUCUUCAUCACUGAAAUAUCUGUAUUGUUCAGGCCUGCCAUUAGACUUUAAACGGAGUAGUUUGGUCACUGCUGCAGUUUAUUUUCUUUUACCUGUUUGUCAGCUGGAGCUGGCUUUAUAUUUUUUAUGCAGGCACGGCUUGGUUUUAUUGCAACAUUUAUGCUUUGUUCAUUGGUAUUCAGGCAGUCUCGGUCUGGGUGACAACGGCUUGCUUUUACAAAAGUCUUUCCAGUCUGUGAUUUACUGCAGAAAACAAUGAGGCCCCAAAUUACUUUACAUUGUCUUUUGACUUAGGAGUACCAAUAGAAACAGUCAGGAUAUUGGUUCCAUUGAAGUCCACUAUGAUGUAUACUGUGCAACAGGAGCUUAUAUAUGUUCAUAUUUGAAUUUAUGCCGUGUUGAAGGUCAGGCUAAAUCUUCCACUACGUCAGUAUUUCAUUUACUGAGGUGCACUUCCCAAAGAUACAACCAAUACUUGUAUCAGUUCUGAAUAAUGCAUUAUUUAUUUAUAACCACUCUCUGAGUAAGCAUUUUCUUAGUUUUGAUAAAUGAUGAAAACAAACUGUCCUUGUGGUGGUCUCUUGAACCCCACUGUAGCCGGCUGGCUCACGGUCUGGCCAGUCAUGUCGGAUUGUAAGAUUGGAUCUAUCCACUGUGUCUUUCCUUGUUGCUGUUUUUCUAUGUUUAUUUGUUUGACACUGUCCUCCCUGCCUUGCCUCCUGUAUUUUCUGGGAUGGCUCAGACAGUCUGGCAUUGGGACACUUUAGCUGUUUGGCUCAUUAACCAGUCGAUGAGCUGUCCAGCUUGUCCUGUCUCUGUCAUUCAGUGCGUCCCAUGGCAGAACAUCUCUGUCCCUCACGCCUGUCUGUUCGACUUUGAUGCAAUCAACUUAAACUUGCAAAACUUGCAAACACAGUCUCUGCCGUGACUUCACCCUCUCGGGGGACACCUCCAGUAGUGUCCAUCACAACGUCUCCCUCAUGAUCGCCCCCCUCCCCCAGAGAGACGUCCUUUGGUUAGGGGGUGAACAAGGUGAAGACUCUUUUUCUCACGUCACCUCCUGCACCUCUCUCUGCCUCUUAAACCUCAGGGCCUCAAUAAACUUUCACUGAGAGAGAAAAGCCAGACAAAGAGAAUCUUAAGACACAAACUGCUCCUCAUCUCCACCUCCUGUUCUUACUUUCUGUAUCACUUGGUGUUAUUAGAGGGCCAAGAAUGCUCUGAAAGUCUCCAAUCCCACUGCUAGCGUUUACACGUGACUGAGUGCUGCUGUUGGUCCCGAUUAAGGUUUUUCAAGUUGCUUUCUUUUUGGUAGAAAAGAGUCAAAUAAAGAAAAAUCGAAAUACAUCUGUAGGGACUUUCUCCUCAAGGCAAAGCUCACGUUAUGUUGCGAUAGAUGUGAAAAUGUUCCGUUUUUUGCGCCGUGACUCCAACUUCUGCUUAAAUGCAAGCUAGUGAAAAUUGGACGUUGUUACUGUGCUGCACCACAUUACGAGUCUGUUUAUCGACAGGGACAAAAUCAACAUGCAGCUUAGAUACACAUUUGCAUUUGAAUGAAUAAGACACUGAUUGCCUGUUGUCUGUGUGUGUGUGUCUGUAUAUUUACAUUUACUAUUCAUAUUGGCUAUGAUGUCAGGGUUUUGCUUGUUUCUGUUUCUGUGGAAUCAGUGGGGACUUCGGUCACACGAGUUGAGUUUGUCCAAAUGACCUUUUCGACUUUGUCCAGUUAAGAAAACAUUCAGUGUGUUUGCACUUUGUCCUAGUGCUGUUUUGGGUGGCCUGAAUCGGCCAAGGAUUUGACUGAUUUUAAAAAGAAGAAAAAAACAUCCUCUGAGUAGUAAGCUUUUGAACACACUGAACAGCAUAAUGUGACUAAAAUUACUUGUGCACUGGGGCAACACCUGCGAUUCCAAUGGAUGGAUUUUAUGCCAAGGAAACCAAGUGAAGCCCCACAACUGUUGAUUUUAAAGACUAUGGAGCAACAGAUGCAUGUAGUGGAUUUAAUGCUGUUUGAAUAGACUCUUUAUGAGUUACCUUUUGGAUUUUCAUGUGAAGCCAAAGGAGUGAAACUUUUUCUCCUGGCCCUGUGCUUUGGAGGCUCACAGAGACUGGAUUCUGUUGAGGAUGAGGAGAGGAUAUCCACUCCUGAACCGGACUUUAUUUAAAUCGAUAUCAUGACACAAGAGGAGGUGGAUACAUGCCAGACAUUUGGAACUUUUCUUGACGUGCUCCCCGUUUUCACCCAUCCCUUACCAUAUAGAGAAGAAGUAAAAUCAGUAGUAAGCAAUGACAAGUACCGAUCUUGUGUGUGUCUGCUAAAGGAAUAGUUGAACAUUUUGGAAAAUACAUGCUUUCUGAUUGUACGUUGGAUGAAAAGAUUGAUACCAGAAUGUCUAUUAAAUAUGAGGCUACAACCAGCAGCAGGUUAGCUCAUUUUAGCAUCAAAGGUGGAGUCUGUGAUACUGGAGAAAGGUUGGUGAUGUUAGCUGAUUAGUACACUUUCAGAUAGGCUCUCCUUUCUGUUAAUAUGAUGGCUUCUUAAUGCGUUGGCUUCAUGUCAUGAAAUGGCAUCUUAGUCACUUUUCGACAAAAGUCGCAAUUGCAAUUUCACUAGGUUGGACCCAGUAACAUUUCUGUGUCACUUUAAACACAGCACAAGUCUGAACUACAUGCCGUCUUAAGAACGGAAAGCGAUUUGGGGGAAGCUUUUUCCACAUUUCAGCACCAAUAUUGGUCCAAAAACAUUGCAGAGAGCGCAAAAGACAUAGUGUGGAAAAAAAACUAAAUCACAGGACAUCUUCCCAUGAACUUUAACCUAUAAUUUCACAUCUAUUACAAAUUGAAAUGCCCAUAAAAAUAAACCUUCACAGCAGGUGAAUCUUACACAUUAAUGAGAUUCAUCAAUUAUAAAUAUAACCCAGAUUUUGGCUGAAUGUUAACAGGAGUUUAUUUUGUUGCUUCCAGCUGCCACCUCUGAGUUUAUAGUCGGCUAAAACCUGCAUCAGGCAGCAGAAGAAUUCAUAUUAGCAUCUCAGAAUCAAGACAGAAGCUCAUGAAACAGCAGAAGUAAAUAAUGUAAUUGUAAAGACAUGGUGAAGGAAUCUAAAAGGAUCUAAUGGGAAGUCACAUUGUGUGCUUUACUUCAAAGAGGUGAGCUGCCAUUUGUCAAAAAGCAGACCUGGAUUCAGUCUUCUGAUUAUUAGUGCAUUAUUAUGCAUUAUGUCACUUCAUGUACUGUCCAAUCUCUGACAAAUAUCACUAGGUAGCUUAGCUCUCUGUCGCUGUUGUGGAUAUAUCUGAAUGAAGCUGUGAGAAGCGUUAUUGUAAAAGUGAGCUAUGCCUGAAUGACAGAAUGCCAUCACUUUACCAGAUUGAUGAAGCCUGUAUUGUUACAUAGCCCAUGUCUGAAAAGGGCUUUAGAUAGAACAUGUCAGAUUUAUGGUGCUGCUCACUCCCACUGCCUCCCUUCCUGCCAGCCCUCUUCCUUUCCCUGCUGUCCUAUACAUGAGCAACAACAUGCACAGGACAUGAUGGAAUAGUGUUGUGUGGAUCAGUCAGAGCCACUUUGUUUAUUUCCCAUUUACAGAGUCAGCACUGUGGAUCCAAGUGAACUGUGAGGAGAUAAACACAGACUUUCAUAAAAAUAGUGUUGGAUUUAAAUCACUGACUCCACCUUUAAGACCGGUAACAGUGAAACAGCUAGUCAACUUCAAAUUAACAACCAAUUAACACAUUACAUCUGGGGUUUUAAAAAUGAAUAAAUAAAAAACAGAAUGACAGGUUGUGGUUUCACCUGGUUUAUGUGCUAGACUAAAAUCUGGCCAGGUGGAGCUUAUUCCAUAUUCCAGUGUUUGUGCUAAACUAAGAUAACCAACUUGUGGCAGUAACUUGACAUUUAACAGACUCAUAAAGGUUUUAUCAAUCUUCUCAUCUGAAUCUCAGCAAUAGGCAAAUAAGCAUAUUUUCUAAAAUGUUAUACUAUUGCUUCGAGGCCAAGUUACUGUCUCCCAUCGCAAGUUUAGAAAUCUGAAUCCACGUUUUUGUUUUGUUAGAGCAACGUCUAGGUUUAGCGUAGCCCUUAUGAUAGCUAUUCAAUUUAAACUUCUUCAGUAUUCUUCAUUUUUAAUUUAAAAAUUCUCCACCUACCCUUGUUUUCGCAACAGGGGCAGGUGGAGAAAAGCUCAGAAGGCUUCUCCAGGGAAGAUUGGCCACCAACUAAUUUUCAAAAACUCAACCUGACAAACGGCUCACUGAAAAGUAAAGUAGUCUAAGAUGUUGAGACGUUAGUUCAUACACACUGUUACAUACAAAAAACAAAUGAAAUCAUUCAGUUCAUUUAAUCUGUGUGUGUGUGUGAGCAUAGGGGUGCACAAGUGUGUGUUUUUUGAAGUGUUGGCUGACACUGCGUUCACACACUUAUCGGACUGACCUGUCCACAAUGUUACCACAAUGUGUCUGCACCUAUCGAUGUUAAAGCUGUCCUCAUUGAUUUCAUCUUUGAUUUUUUUUUGUUUUUUUUCCUCAUCAUUUUGUGUUUGUGAGGAUGCAAAUGUCACUCAUAAAGUUUCUAUUGUUAAAAAAAAAAAAAAAAACUUAAUCGGAUUUGUUUGCAAUAUUGCUUUGAUAUCUGUUGCUAAGCCCACAUGUCAUGGAAAACAGACGGCACAGCAAGUUUUGGACUAAGAUUAGGAGCGAUGUUCAGAUGGACAGUUGUGGUUAAGUUGGAGAAUCAUUCAAAAUAAAACAGUAUGUCAUUGAA